AUGUCCAUCACCGGCAACACCGCGUCGAACCCUUACUCGAGCGUUAGCGACCUAUUGAGUAAUGUCCGUAACUUCAAGGUCAUUGAGUCAACCUUAAGAGAAGGGGAGCAAUUCGCGAACGCAUGGUUCUCGAGAGAGACCAAGAUUAAAAUUGCGACAAUGCUGUAUGAUACCCAUAGAAUCCUGCUCUGCAGUUUCAAUUUAAGAAAACUGACCUCCCAAUCUCGCGACGACUGCGAAGCCAUCUGCAAGCUCGGCCUCAAGGACGCCAAGCUUGCGUGUGACUGCGGAGUUGACGGUGUAGAUGUCGUGAUCGGAACGAGCCAAUUCCUCCGAGAGCAUUCCCUUGGCGGCAAGGACAUGACAGCAAUUACUAAGCAGGCCAUCGAAGUCAUUGAGUAUAUCAAGAGCCGAGGCUGCGAGGUUCGCUUCUCGAGUGAAGACUCUUUCCGGUCUGAUCUGGUCGAUUUGCUCUCCAUCUACCGCGCUGUUAACAACGCUGGAGUCGGGAGGGUGGGAGUUGCCGACACCGUGGGUUGCGCUUCCCCAAGACAGGUUUACGACCUUGUUAGAACCCUUCGAGGCUGUGUCUCAACCGAUAUCGAGGUUCAUCUGACUAUUAAGAACUCAUUUACUGCCCUCGAGGCGGGUGCUACACACGUUGACACAUCCGUGCUUGGAAUUGGGGAAAGAAAUGGCAUCUGCCCACUUGGGGCCUUCAUGGCUAGAAUGAUGCCGACCAGCAGGGAUUACAUUCUCUCCAAGUACAAGCUUCACCAGCUCAAAGCUAUUGAAGACUUCGUCGCAGAAGCGGUUGAGGCAAGUGUAUCCCAUACUCUAACCACAGGGUUUUGCGCCUUCACACACAAGGCUGGUAUCCACGCCAAGGCAAUCCUUAAUUCCCCUGUGCACUUCGCAUCUAGACUUACUGGCUGGAAUGCUAUUAGGAGUCGAGUUAACCAGCUUGGUCUGAAGAUGACUGAUAACCAGAUCAAGGAAGUGACGGCCAAGAUCAAGCAGAUGGCAGACCUCAAGGUAAUGACCCUUGACGAGAGCGAUGCCCUGAUUAGAUCCUUCCACCUUGACUUACAGAAUGGAGAUGGUGGUCAAAUGGACUGA